CCUCUGUCCCUGCUGUAGCUACUAGUGCAGGCUCACAGCAAAAUGGAAACAAGCUCAGACAGGAAAAUAUGACCUUAAAGAUGAUCCACCCAAAGCUGCUACGCUGAAACCACCACCGUGAAGAAGAUCUGAGGACGACAUAGACUCUUGUUGCUGGACCACUUCCAGAUGCUCCUCUGUGGAUCCCACCUCAGAUGCUGAUGCUGCCAUCCUAGGCUGUUGUCCCUUGAGUGUUUGGACUGAAGCUCCAAAAUCUGGAUUUUUUCUUGUGAAAGGAUCGUCGCCUAAAGCGGACUCCAUCAUGACGCACAUGGCUUUAGAAGUAAAAGAGAGCCUGGAUGAGCGGUGCAACCGGAUCCUGAAGAACAUGGAGGCUUCUCUGACGGCUCGGGAUCGUGUGGGCAUCCAGGACUUUGUUCUCCUGGAUCCCUACACGAGUGAAACGGCCUUCCUGGAAAACCUGAGGAAACGCUUCCAUGAGAAUCUCAUCUAUACCUACAUUGGGACUCUCCUGGUGUCGGUCAAUCCAUAUAAGGAGUUAGACAUCUACAGUAAGAAGCAAAUGGACACUUACAUGGGCGUGAACUUCUUUGAGCUGCCACCUCACAUUUAUGCCCUAGCAGACAAUGUCUUCCGCACCAUGCAGUCGGAGUCCAACAACCACUUCAUCCUGAUCUCAGGGGAAAGUGGAGCCGGAAAGACGGAGGCUUCCAAGAAAAUCCUUCAGUUCUACGCCGUCAGCUGUCCGAGCACUAAGCUCCUGAACAACGUGCGGGACCGGCUGCUUCUCUCCAACCCAGUGCUUGAAGCCUUUGGAAAUGCCAAAACCUUAAAGAACAACAACUCAAGUCGCUUUGGUAAAUACAUGGACAUCCAGUUUGACCACCAGGGUGGAGCAGUUGGAGGUCACAUUCUCAGUUAUUUACUGGAGAAGUCUCGCGUGGUCCACCAGAACCACGGAGAGAGAAACUUCCACAUCUUCUACCAGCUGGUGGAAGGAGGAGAAGAGGAUCUGCUCCGCUGGCUCGGCCUGGAGAGAAACUGUACCAAAUACCAUUUUCUGGUGCAGGGAGGUUGUGCCAAAGUAAGCUCUAUAAAUGAUAAAAGUGACUGGAAGACGGUGAGGAAAGCUCUGUCCAUCAUUGAGUUCAGCGAGAGUGAAACAGAGCAUCUCUUUGCAAUCAUUGCGAGCGUUCUCCACCUGGGAAACGUCAAGUUUGAAGCAAACGUUCAAGGAUACGCCACUCUGAACGACAACCAGGAGAUGCACUGGGUGUCAAAGCUGUUGGGGAUUCCUAACCAGGUGCUGAAACAAGGUUUAACCCACAGGAAAAUUGAAGCCAAAACAGAAGAGGUGCUCAGUCCGUUCUCUGUAGACCAUGCAGUCUAUGCUAGAGACGCCCUCGCCAAAGCCAUCUACGGGCGCACUUUCAACUGGCUGGUGAACAAGAUCAAUGAAUCUCUGGCUAACAAGGAUUCAUCGAGGAAGACGGUGAUCGGUUUGCUGGACAUCUAUGGUUUUGAGGUUUUCAACCUGAACAGCUUCGAACAGUUUUGCAUCAACUACUGCAAUGAGAAGCUCCAGCAGCUUUUCAUCCAGCUGACCCUCAAAUCCGAGCAGGAGGAGUACGAGACGGAGGGGAUUGAAUGGGAACCUGUGCCAUAUUUCAACAACAAGAUCAUCUGUGAACUCGUAGAGGAGAAAUUUAGAGGGAUCAUAUCUUUACUGGAUGAGGAAUGUUUACGACCCGGAGAAGCCACAGACUUGACUUUCCUGGAGAAGAUGGAGGAAGAGAUUGGUGGUCAUCCUCAUUUUAUGACACACAAGCUAGCGGAUAAAAAAACCCGGAAAACUCUGGAAAGAGGAGACUUCCGCCUGCUGCACUACGCUGGGGAGGUCACAUACUGUGUUGUGGGAUUCUUGGAUAAAAACAACGAUCUUUUGUAUCGCAGUGGAAAAGAGGUCAUGCAGCAGUCAAAGAAUGCCAUCAUCAGACACUGCUUCCCCUCCACUGAACCAGACAGCAAGAGGAGACCUGAAACAGUGGUGACUCAGUUCAAGAACAGCUUGGCAGAUUUGGCUGAGAUCCUCAUGGCUAAAGAAGCCUGGUAUGUUCGCUGCAUUAAACCGAAUGAAGCCAAGCAGCCAGGACACUUUGAUGACGUGUUGGUGAGACAUCAGGUGAAGUAUCUGGGGCUGAUGGAGCACCUGAGAGUCCGACGCGCUGGGUUUGCUUACCGCCGCAAAUACGAGAUCUUCCUCCAGAGGUACAAGGCUCUGUGUCCGGAAACCUGGCCAAACUGGAAAGGAACAGCAGCUGAAGGUGUGCGGUGUCUGAUCAAACACUUGGGCUUCAAACCUGAUGAAUACAAGUUGGGCAGGACAAAGAUUUUCAUCCGCCACCCCAGAACUCUGUUUGCCACAGAGGAUGCCUUUCAGGUCUGCAAACAUAAACUAGCAACAAGGAUUCAGGCCAAGUACAAAGGUUAUAAAGUGAAAGAAGACUAUCUGAGGCAGAAAGAGGCUGCCACAAAGAUUGAGAAUUGCUGGAGAGGUCUGAUGGCGAGGAAAGAACGUGAGAAAAGAGCCUGGGCUGUCAAAGUGAUCAAGAAGUUCAUCAAAGGUUUCAUGACCAGAAACCAGCCGGCCUGUGUCGACAACAGUGAAUACCUGACCUACGUGAGGCUGAACUACCUCACACGGCUGAAGGAGAACCUUCCCAAAACCGUCCUGGAGAAAGACUCUUGGCUGACGCCGCCACCCAUCAUGAAAGAGGUCUCCCAGCUCCUGAAGACGAUCUACAUCCGCUGCAUGGUUCGGAAGUACAUCAGUGGACUGAGUGUCCAGAGGAAGGCACAGCUUCUUUUAAAAUCACAGACGAGCUCCAUGUUCAAAGGAAAAAAAGAGAACUACCCCUUCAGUGUGAGCAGAAUCUUUCUGGACACCAGGAUUGCUCUGGAAGACAUAAACACCAGGGUCCUUCAGAUGAUAAGACACGAGCACAUCAAGUACAGCGUUCCGGUAGUGAAGUACGACAGAAACGGCUUCAGGCCUCGCCUUCGACAGCUCAUCUUCACUCAGGAGGCUGCUUACCUGGCAGAAGAAGCCAAGAUCAAGCAGCGGAUUGAUUAUAGCAGUCUAAAAGGUGUUUCUGUCAGCAAUCUGAGCGACAACUUCUUGAUUCUUCAUGUUACUUGUGAUGACAGCAAGCAAAAAGGGGAUCUGGUUCUGCAGUGUGAGCACCUCUUUGAAGCCUUGACUAAGCUGAGCGUGAUUGCAGACAAGCAGAAGUGCAUUAAAGUGGUGCAGGGCAGUGUGCGGUUCGACAUCCAGCCUGGCAGAGAAGGCUUCAUUGAUUUCAAGAGUGGUCAGGAGUUUAUGGUCUAUAGGGCCAAAAACGGCCAUUUAAUGGUGGAAUCAACGAGAACUAAGACCAGAUGAAGAUCGAUGCUUUUACAGCUGCAAAUAUUAAACAAACAGCCACCCUGCUUUCAGCAAGUUUCCACAAACCCAUAAUGCUUUGUGACAACAUGCUAUCACAUAAAUACUGCCAUACUAUAGCUGUAAAAAUCAUAGAUACAUCAAGCCACGCCAGUGUAGACUCAAGGUUACAGUGCCUGAAAGAGUGUUUUUUAAUGUCAUGGUAACAGUAAAGCCAUUCAUGUAUACAACAAAUAAUUAACCAGGCUGCACCUUUUUUAUUACCACAUGUUAAAUUAUUAUUAAAAAAGCAAGAGUGUCUGUUAUUAGGCAAUUGCUUCAUAUGUUAAGAGUGUUUUUCAGUGUGCUGAUUCAUCAUGUAGCAGCUUCCCCCUGCUGGACAUCCUCUGACCUUACAGAUGCACAAAAUAAACCUUUGAAACUCUU